GAGAAGAGUGUGUCUGUAUACGUCAGUGUCUCUGUCUAGGGGCCUAUGUUUACACCAAUUUCUACUCUAUAGGCACCUUGUGUGCCUAGAUUGGACUGUAUGUCAAGUGUCCAUUGCUCCUGUUUCUGGAUAUGGACACCUUUAUUUUUUUUCUCUCCCAUCGCUGUGUGCAUGUCAUCUUUGUGCCUGUAUGUCCCUAAGAAGACAACUGCUGUGGCAAGUGCUGGAAUAUAAGGUGCCCUCUGUCCUUAGAGAAAGCAUCUAUGGAAGCAGGAAUGAGCGUGCCUAAGGACAUCACUGAGGGAAUCGGAGGCAGUGAGGGGACCUCUGUGGGCUUUCCAAGAAGACUGCUCCAUUCCUGCCUGGCUCCAACUCGCCUUGGCAACUCACCACCACCAAAUACCUUUGCCCUGGAUUACCAUAGAAGGCUUAGGCUUUUUUUUUUUUUUUUGAGACGGGGCGGGGGGUGGGGGUGGGGGGACACGGUCUCGCUGCGUAGCCCUGCCUGGCCUGGUACUUGUUACACAGACCAAUGUAGGUGCCCUCGAACUCACAGAGAUCUGCCAGGCUCUGCUUCUAGAGUGUCAGGAUUAAGGAAGUAUAGCUACUGUGCCCAGCCCCCAGAAGGUGACACUCUGGGCUGAGGUGUUCUGGUUUGGCUUCAGGUGAGGGCCUUCAGGCAGCCAGCUGUUAGCUCUUGGUACCACCUGAAGGCUUCCCCAUCUUGUGUCCAUUUAACUCCUUGCACACAUGGAAAGGGGUGGAGGAAGUAGAGGUCCGAUAUGGGUCUACUCUUGCUUAUUCCAGACGUAGAUCUUCGCUCAACGCCCCCACACUCUAUGGAGAAAGGUGUGGACCUACACCAGAUGUAUGUCCAGGUCUUGGCUUCCAAAUCCUUCUGUGAACUCCAAGCUUGGGGGACCUAAAGACGCAAACCUCUGCAGCAAAUCACCUAGGAGAGAGGAGAGGCGCGUUGUUCCUAAAGGGGCUACACAGUAUGGGUCGCCCACGCGCGGCGCGCUCUGGGCUCAAGUGGGGCGGAGCCCCGCGUGAGCGCGCCAGGGGCGGGGCUUCGGGGGCGCGCCCAGAAGGGCGGAGGGAAGGAUUGUGGGCGUGACUAAGAUUGGGGGCUGGCAGCGGCGGCAGCAGGGAGCUGGGAAGCUGAGAAGCCGGGAGUGCGGGGCUCAGUCGGGGGGCGGCGGCGGCGGCGGCUCCGGGGAUGGCGGCGGCUCCGCUGCUGCUGCUGCUGCUGCUCGUGCCCGUGCCGCUGCUGCCGCUGCUGGCCCAGGGGCCUGGGGGCGCACUGGGAAACCGGCAUGCGGUAUACUGGAACAGCUCCAAUCAGCAGUGAGUCGGGGACCCGGAGAACCCCCUGCGGCGAGAGGGCUACACCGUGCAGGUGAACGUGAACGACUAUCUGGAUAUUUACUGUCCGCACUACAACAGCUCAGGGCCUGGCGGCGGGGCGGAGCAGUACGUGCUGUACAUGGUGAACCUGAGCGGCUACCGCACCUGCAACGCCAGCCAAGGCUCCAAGCGCUGGGAAUGCAACCGGCAGCACGCCUCGCACAGCCCCAUCAAGUUCUCCGAGAAGUUCCAGCGUUACAGCGCCUUCUCGCUGGGCUAUGAAUUCCAUGCCGGCCAAGAAUACUACUACAUCUCCACGCCCACUCACAACCUGCACUGGAAGUGUCUGAGGAUGAAGGUGUUCGUCUGCUGCGCCUCCAAAGACUUUGAGGGAGAGAAUCCCCAGGUGCCCAAGCUUGAGAAGAGCAUCAGUGGGACCAGCCCCAAGCGGGAACACCUGCCUCUGGCCGUGGGCAUCGCCUUCUUCCUCAUGACGCUCUUGGCCUCCUAGCUCUGCCCCUUCCUAUGACAGAGAGAGGUGGGAAGGGCUGAGAAGGAGCAGGGAGCUUGCUGUGGGGCCUACAUCCUUCUUCCCAUGGUUGGGAGCGGGGUCUGCACUGUACAUCUCUCUGGGCCUGCCCUCUUUGCCCACACACUCUCUAGGACAGGCACCGUAGUGGAUCAGGCACAGGGACAGCCACAGGUCCCAGGUGGCCUGUGGCUUUGGUAAUGUUUGGUACCAAACCUGGGGGCUAUAAAGGCAGUGCUCAGGACUCCCUGGCCCCUGGUACCUUUCCCUGACCCUUGGUGCCCUCCCUCUUUGUCCCCCAAGAGGCAAAUAUGCCCCAGAGAGAACAAACGAAGCAUGGGAGGUGCCCCCUGUCCUCUCCUCUGGGGCAGAACAUGGGGAGGGGACUAGGUGGGUGAGGGGUGGAGCCUCAGGCUGCCCCUCCCCCUGUUUACAGCAAUAAGCAUGUCCUCUCCCUCCACUCCCACAUAGAGGACUGUGGUUUGGAUUGAAUCCAAGUUUACAAAUAGACACCCCUGGGGGGGAGCAGGCAGUGGACAGGGGUGGGCAUCGGGGUGCCAGACAGGCAUGUACAGACUCUAUAUCUCUAUAUAUAAUGUACAGACAGACAGAGUCCCUUCCCCUUCUUAACCUUGACCUUUCUCGACUUCCCCUUCCAGACUCAGACCCCUUCCCCUACCAGGUUAGGCCCCCCUUGGGACCCCCCUGGCCCCUCUUUUGUCUUCUGUGAAGACAGGACCUAUGCAACGCACAGACACUUUUGGAGACCGUAACAACAAUGCCCCCUCCCUUCCAGCCCUGAGCCGGGAACCAACUCCCAGGACCUUGCCCUGCCCACCCUAAGUGGUCCCCACCCAUCCUGGGCCUUUUUCAAGUGCUUUGGCUGUGACUUUCAUACUCUGCUCUUAGUCUAAAAAAAAUAAACUGGAGAUAAAAAUACCUGAGUGUGUGUGGUUUCAAGGGGCCACGUCCCUCUGUUUCACUGGCUGAACCAAUCCUGUGGGGCUCAAGGCCCGGGUGAGCAGGCAUUCUAGGUUAGAGGCCACAGAGUGGAGAGAGGGACAGAGCUUCAAGUUGAGCCCGGGUGACUUUGGGCAGGUUCCUUAACCUUUCUAGGCUCCGGCUUCCCACAGGGAAAGUGGUGUGAGUACCCGCUUCCCAGGCCCUGUGUACCCGAGUUAAGGCUCAGGCUGGUGCGCUCUAUGCUGUAGUCAGAAGCUUUUGGCUGGGUCCAGGGAUUUCAGGGGAUUUGUGAUCCUAGAUAGGAAAAAAAAAGUUACAUGGUUAUUUUCACUCACCUGUGACAAGUUUAACAUUCCCUUUCUGUACUUGGGCAACAGGCCACAGCAGCAUAAAGAGUACGUGUGACUUUGUAGCCAACAGAAAUCCCAGAUGUUUUCAGACCUGCUUUAUAUCUCAGAAUAUCAUUUAUGUGUCACUACUUUGAAAUGAUCAUAGUUGUUAGACUUUACUUGUUUUUAACAUGUUAAUAAAGAAACAUAUAUAUUACAUACCAAAAAUGUAAA